AUGCAGAACACCCACAAGCGGAAGCGCAAGCAGGCACGCUCGCCAUCUGGACGCUUUCGGCCGACAGUCCACGAGAAGCAACUUGUGGAAUCAGGUCUUGAUGUCGACAAGCCGUGCAAUGCGACGACUGAGCAGCUUCCGGCACGCAACGAUGCUGGUACCAAAACACCAACAUCUUUCAAUCCCAAGGCAUCUGCUGGCACAACAACGAAUUGCAGAGAACCGUCAUCCGAAGACCAGCAACAGCGCAAACUUGUGCCAGUGGUGCAGAGAGUGACCACACGACUUCUUUCUCAGUAUCGAACUACCACAGAACUCAAGGACGAGCCACCGCAUAAGCUUGUGCCAGUGAUAACACGGGUCACUCCAGAAACACUAGCCCAAUACCCGAAGAUACCAGAAAGUCCACGGCUUGACUCAACCCCGAUGACAGCGGCCGAGCUGCUAGCCUCUCCAGCAAGGCACCUGGACGAACCCUUCCCAGAUGCAUUGGCUCCGCUACAAUUUGCACUUCACCAGGUUCCGGUAUCAUGGAUAAACAUGCUGCAUCAUUCUGCUAGCAACACAAGCACUCCGUCCCCUGGGAAUCGCACCGGAUCACCUUGGUCAGGAGAGCUACGCUACCCAUCGGGCUUCUCGGAACGAUUCGUUCUCACCAGAAACAAAAGCAGACCAAGUCGCAGCAAGCAAGGCAACCUCGGUCUACAGCCUAUUGACGAUCUGCUUCGGACAAUCGAAGUCAUCCUACGACUGGUCACCGGGAAGGCUGAUGCACCGGUCGACAUCUGUGUCGAGCUCGAAAAUGCUUGGAAGCAAGGCAAGCGCAGCCUGUUCGAGAAGAAGCUUGGAGCAGCGAAUGGUCUCAUUGCCAGCCCACUGCGGAUCACACGACCAUCGAGCGCCAUGAUACACCACUUCCUCGAGCAGCUCUACGACCGUGCUGUUUCGCCGUUUGUAGACAACCUCAACAGGAACAUGAAGAGUCGAGAAGGAGCCUACGGAGAGAUGCAACCUGCUUUCGUGUCCAAGAUCUUCAGGCAACUUGGCGUCAACAAGAACUCAGUCUACCUUGACCUGGGCUGCGGCGUUGGCAACACUGUCAUGCAAGCAGCCCUUGAGACUGGCUGCGAAGCACACGGCAUCGAGCGAGAAGCAUAUCCACAUCUGGUCGGCUCCUACCACCUGCAACAGUUCCAAAUCCGAUCAAUGCUCUGGGGCAUGCGCCCAGGCAAAGUCCAGCUGUACAACGGCGACUUCUUGCAAUCACCAACCAUCGACGCUCUCCUCCCAGAUGUCGACCUGGUGUUGGCCAAUAACUUCAUGUUCGGACCGGAGACAGAUACGGGCAUCGCUCUAUACGGCAAGCUGCUCCACUCCCUGAAGACAGGCGCCCAAGUGGUGAGUCUACAUCCGCUCGCAAUCGCCAAGCUGAGGAAAGUCGGCGGCAGUAACAGCACUCCCUGCCUAGCGUUCGAGACUGAAGAGCUGAUUUACGAAGAAGGAUCGGUGAGCUGGAGUGGCAAGGCAGGGACGUACUACGUCUCUACGAAACUGUAA